GCUACAAUUGGCUAUUGUAUUUUAUUUUCCGCCAAUGACCGCCGAGUGACUCGCGCAUGCGCGUGGGUGACUAUUCUGUUUCAGGGCAGCUGUCUGGAAGUGGUUGCCUUGGUAUUCAUCAUGGGGGGCAGUGAAAGCACCGGGAGGAAGGUGUCCUUCGGGAUGGAUGAGGAGGAGAGGGUGCGGGUGCUGCGAGGAGUCAGGCUCUCUGAUGAAGUUGUUAAUCGGAUGAAAGAUUCCAACUUGCCUUCCAAAGACCAAAGUACAUCGGCAGCCUCAGGGACAACUUCAGGUCCUACAACCUUCCCUUCUAAAGCUGGGCCUUCAGCAAGCCAUUCAGCCAGCACAUCAAAAGAUGGUGUUCACAAGCCAACAGCAACAGGUGUAGGGCACCAGUAUGCAGAGGAGGAUCUCUACAGGAGGUAUGAGAAGGAACAGGCCCUCAUCCAGGAAGAGCUGGCUCGUCUUGCAAAGAGAGAGAGGGAAGCAGCCCACGAGAGGCUGAGCUCCUCCGUUUUGCGGGAGAAGAACAUCACCAGUCAGGAGCGCAGAAAGGCUGAACACUUGCCUGCGGAUUUGGAUGAAUGGGCCAAGGAACUUGAGCAGAAAGAAGCAGAGCUGCAACGCUUGAACACUUUCUACAGGGAGCAGCUGAACAGCAUUGAAAAGAAGAACUUGGAGAUUUACAAACUGACUGCAGAGCAGUUCCACACGGCGGCCUCAAACGCAGAGUUGCGCGUAAAGCAGAGAAGCUACGACCCAGUAUGUAUGGAUCUGCAAUCUAAUAUCCUCAAAUGUUAUGCUGAAAAUAAACAGGAGCGGCUGAACUGCAGUGAUCUAGCCAAGGAGUAUGGGAAGUGUGUGAGUGCGGCACAAAAGAACCUGCUAUUUAAUCACGGAUAAUUCCUCAGGAAAAAAGGCAGAGAGAGGAGAGGACGACCAUAUCACCACUUUUUCUUUAUAUAAAAUGCAGCAUUGCGGCAAAGCAAUUCCUCAUCCCUUGUAAAUGAAAUUAACUCCGUUGUAUGUGCGAGUGCAUGAUUAAAGGGGAAGUUCACCUUAGAUUAGACAUUAGAAUUUCAAGAUAAACUGCAGAGGUGAGUUUGGAUUGAGGUACCCUUAUCGGUCACGUGGGGUGAUAAUCUGAACUUGAAUUCAAAAUGUACGUUAUGGACCUCAACAACCAAAAUAAUACCUGAGAUGUAUUUCUAUAAAUGAUUCUUCUAUAAAUGAUUCUAAGUGGAUACUAUACCCUAUAAAUAGGUUGGGAGCUUUUUUUAUUGUCACGCUAUACAAAGAGCAUUCUUUCCUUGCUGGUAUGGAACUGAAUGGGAACCUUGCAUUAAGGUUGUUAGCUUAAAUAUUCCCUAAAAAUAGCAGCAUCAUAAUAGAUAUAUCUUGCAUAGAUGCCUUUGAACAGUCCCAGCUUAUAAGAAGGCAUUUUGGCCACUCCUACUGUUUAAUAAGACCACACCUACCUGCUCUAGCUCUGCCCCCUUUCUGAGAGGCCACACCUCUUAUUGUCAGCAGGGAUUGGGACUGUUCAACUGAAACAGGACUGCUUUGCGCUCCAUGCUUUGCACUCAUUAUACUUUUAUUUAAAGGAAAUAAUGGAAAGUAAAUGGGUGUAUUUACUGUCAUUUCUUUAUUCCGGACUCUCGCGCAUAUUACCAAGGUAACUGAAGCAUUGCAGUUGACACUAUAUUGAUUUUUGGAUUUUUUUUCCCAUAAAUUUGCAUCGAAGGGCAGAGACACAAGGUCAGAUUCGGUCGGUAGUCGCCCAAAGUUUCCUCAUGAGGCAACUUCGGAAAACGAAUCGCUUCAAGUACCAUCCCGCCAGCGAUUUUCAUUCUAGCUGACGGGAAGGCAGUUUAGAGAUUAGUUGCCCCGAAGAAGAGGAUAUUUGUCGUCGGACAACUAAUCUCCCCGAAUCUGAGCGUGUGCCUCUGCCCUUAAACGUAAGACCUGGAUUCUAUGGGAAAUUGGUGGCAGUAGGCUCAAGGUGUUGGCUAAGAAAUUUGUAACAAAUAAAAAUGUUGCUUGGUAAAA